GGAGGAAGGAGGAACAGCAACCACUGUUUUUGUUCUUCACCACCAGUUUCUCCCAGCAGGAUUUAAAGUGGUUCCUCAGUGCCACUGGAACAUGCGAGCUUUGAUCAGGUCGGACUGACUCGGACCAGUUUGGAGGAGAAACUCUUUGGCUUGGUUCUGGAUCUCAGACAGGACAGGAGCACCACAGACAAAUCAAGCAGAUCUUGGAGAGCAUGGCGCGUACUGGUUUGCCCGGGCUGCGGGUGUCUAUAGAGGUACUGUUGGUACUGGUGUACCUGACCCGGUGUCCGCGGGGAGCGGCGGGAGGAGCGUGUGAGCCGGUUCGGAUCCCGCUGUGCAAGUCCAUGCCCUGGAACAUGACCAAGAUGCCCAACCACCUGCACCACAGCACCCAGGCAAACGCUGUGCUGGCCAUCGAGCAGUUCGAGGCUCUGCUGGGCACCGGUUGCAGUCCCGAUCUGCUCUUCUUCCUGUGCGCCAUGUACGCGCCCAUCUGCACCAUCGACUUCCAGAACGAUCCCAUCAAGCCCUGCAAGUCGGUGUGUGAACGUGCCAAGAGCGGCUGUGAGCCCGUGAUGAACAAGUACAACCACAGCUGGCCUGAGAGCCUGGCAUGCGACGAUCUGCCCCUCUACGACCGCGGGGUGUGCAUCUCACCCGAGGCCAUCGUACCAGCCGACUCCAGAGAUACUCCACACUAUCAAGACCCGGUAAAAUGUAACCCAGAAUUGAACCCUGACUUUGUGACUGAGGUGAUGAACGGCAACUGUAAAGGAGUCAGUGAUCGGUGCAAGUGCAAAACUGUAAAACUCACUCAGAAGAUCUACGCAAAGAACAAUUAUAAUUAUGUAAUCCGUGCCCGGGUGAGGGAAAUAAAGAGCCGUAAUCAUGACCUCAGUGCUGUGGUGGAGGUAAAAGACGUGUUGAAGUCGUCUCUGGUCCACAUCCCUCGAGAGACGGUGACUCUGCACUACAGUUCAGGUUGUCCCUGUCCACCACUCACAACCAACGAGGAGUACAUCAUCAUGGGAUACGAAAAUGAAGAACGCUCACGGCUGCUUCUUAUUGAUAGAUCUAUUGCGCAGAAGUGGAAGGACCGUUUAGAAAGCAGAGUGAAGCGCUGGAAUCAGGCCUUGAGGAAACGAGACAACGACAGACGUGGCCGUCCCUAAUCUCACACAGACACGGAGAGUAUCUGAGAAACUAAAGAAAAUUGCACUAUUGUACGUUUUUCUCCAUGUUUAAGAAAUUGUAGCAGAUUUUGUAGUUGCUUUGUAAGAUAUUGGUUUUGUUUUUAAUUUGCCUUUGCACGAACAAAAUGUUCAUUUCAACAUUGCUGCAGGUGUGUGUGCGUGUCUGAGUGUUUGUGUGUGUGUGUGUGUGUGUGUGUGUGUGUGUGUGUGUGGGGGGGGACUUGUUUUUAAUGGUGAAGCGUUGAGGUCCAUGUAAGGAUCUGGAAGGAAAGACAAGGAGAUUCAAUUAGGCGUGAAGAAGUUUAAACAAAUUUCUUGCCAAAAUGGAAAGUGGACGAUCUUCUGAUUGUCUACCAAUUGUUGGAUUUUCACAUUUGAAGGAAAAGAUGUGAAAUGGACAGCGGGGCGUCGUCUUGCACAAGGAGACACGAAGACGAUCCAGCACUGUAAAGGAAAUGAUAUCCAGGAUGGAGAUGAAAUGUCCAUUUAUUUUAAACUGACACUGUUGCAUAAUACCGCAGUAGUCUUGAUUUUAGAACUCAUACGCACACGUUUAAUAGAUCAUAUGUCGUUUCUUAGGCUUGGUUCAUGUACGAUUAGAUAAUAACUGGCAUGCAGGUAACAUGGUCAAUUAAAAGGUCUUUUUUUGUUUGUUUUUAUGGACUGAUGAAUAGAAGGUGGCUCAGCAAUAUUCAAACCAUAUUCAUAUUUUCUGUUUCUUUACAUUCAGUAUUAAACAUAUCAGACUGGUGAA